AUGACCUCAUCACCACCCACCGGCGUCUUCGUGCCCGUCCCAACCUUCUUCAAAACCCAAUCCGAGUCAAAGUCGCUGCAACCUGAAGUCGACGUGCAAACGCAAGUUGAGCACUCUGUAUUCCUUGCCAAAAAUGGAGUGCGCGGUCUUGUCUUGCUCGGCUCCACAGGCGAGGCGAUUCACAUGUCGCGACAAGAACGCAUCGACCUCAUUUCUGGUGUGCGCAAAGGAUUAGAUGAGGCGGGCUUCAAGGACUACCCGAUAAUGGCUGGCACAUUGAUCAACAGCGUUGACGAGACGUUGGAAUGGUUAGAGGACUUCAAGAAGGCAGGCGCGCAAUGGGGACUCGUGCUCGCGCCAGGCUACAACUACCCUGGCGUAACCAACGGCGUAAUGGUCACACCCGAAACCUACCGCAUCCUCGCCCAACACCCCAACAUCGUCGGUUGCAAGAUGUCGCAUGCAGUCGUCUCAUGGCACAACCAAGUGUCACUUGACCCCAAAAUCGACCACAACAAAUUCCGCGUCUACUCUGGUCUCGGCCAACAACUCGGUCCCAUCGUCAUUUUCGACGCGGCAGGUGUUAUCGAUGGUCUCGCGGCCAUAUACCCCAAGACCGUAUGCUCUUUGAUGAAGCUAGCCGAGACGAGACCGAUAACAGAUGAGAAUCUCAAGAAGAUGAAGCAGUUGCAGUACACAGUCAGUACGGCCGAGGAGUACAUUGGUAAGUACGGCAUUGUGGGUAUCAAAGAGGCAGUCAAGAGGGUCACCGAUUUUGGCACAAUGGAAGGUGGAAGACUCCCAAUCAAGGGUAAGCUGCCUGAGGGCGAGUGGGAGAAGUGGAGCGAAACCUGGGAAAGGAUACAGAAGAUGGAAGAUUCGUUGACCGAGAAGGACUUCAAGUAG